AUGAAAGCGCUAAUUUCAUUUGGUGUUAUAACACUUUUAAUGGUGAUUUCAGUGCGCGCGACACCCGCCAUUAGCUCCAGUGAAAACUCGAUUCCCAUCAUGAAUCGCAAUCAAUUGGAAGAGGGCUUUCUGCGGAAACUCAACAUCAAAUGCAGUCAAAGGGACAAUCAUUCGUGUAUGAUGCUCAAACUGAUUGUCUACAUGAAUCGAAUAUUCAAAAAGUCUUCCAUCGAGAUAAAUGAAAAUUUAAAAGUCUCACAAAAUAGAGACAUCGACUCCAUACCGGAUGAUCCCGAUGAUGAUUUACUGUUGGCGCGUUCAAUUGAAUCCGACGAUGAGACGCUCGGUCUAUUGGUGGCCGGAAAAAUUUGGAAAUUUAUACGCUCACGUACGCUACGCUAUAAAUUCUCCGAUAAUGCAGACUUUGUGCUCACCACCGAACCCAAAGGUAAUUUGAACUUUGGCGUGUCCGUCAGUCCAGUGGAUGCGCUCGAAGAGGGACGUGGGAAAAUGAAAAAUAUGGGUCCAAUGUUGAUGGUAAUGAUGGCCAAGGCGGGCAUGGUGGGUGCCAUCAUGCUCAAGGGCCUAUUCCUGCUGGCAGGAAAAGCGUUAAUAGUCUCCAAAAUUGCGUUGCUCUUGUCGGUGAUAAUCGCUUUGAAGAAGUUGCUAUCACAGAAGAAACACGUAGUAGAGAUACCACAUCACGACACGUACAGUUCGGGUUGGGCGCGCGCAUUGGAUGGUUUUAUUGAGGGCAUGGCUGAGGUGCCGGCACAGAUAAUAGCACAGGAGGCGCAGGAUAUGGCAUACAAUGGACAAAUGCCAACGAAGGAGAUCCAUUAAGGGGAGUCGAUAGCCAAAAGAUGAGAGAAAUGAUGUGGUACAAAUAAACAAAUAUUUAUGAAUAAGAAAAUAGAAAAAUUCAAUGCAAAUGAGUAAAUACUUUUUAAUGCUGUAGAGUGGGUGAAUGAGAACUACAAAAAACAAAAAAAAAAAAAACAAACAAAAAAUUUUAAAUAAUGUUAAAUAAUGAAAAAAAAAGAAUACAAAAAUGUAUGCAAAAAAGAAUGCAACAGGGGAGCGCAACGCAAAGAAAUGCAAAAGGGGAGCGCAACGCAAAGAAGUGCAAAAACUAGGAGUGCAAAAAAACGGUAUGCAAAAAAUAAUGCAAAAAAGGGAGUGCAACAAAAGAAGUGCAAAAAAAAAAGGAGUUCAAAACAAUGUUUUUUACGCAACGCAGCUGCAGAAAAACUGCAAUAAAAUGUGAAAACCCAAAGCCAAUGCCACCAGCUGUGCCUGUUCAGAAGUGGCUAUUUUCCAUAGCGCAAUCUACACAUACAUGCAUACAUACACACACACAAUACAUGCACAUUUAUAGAAUCUCUUACACGCAUUUUGUUAUUAAAAAAAAUUUUAAAUUACACAGAAAUACAUCCACUAA